AGCCGCGCGGCCGCCAGCAGGAAACCCGAGCCUGCGGCGCCAGGCGAGCCCGGCCCGACGGCGGCGGGAGGCGGGGCGCGGGCAGCCGGCGGGGCGAGCCAUGGACGCAGGAGCGGACGCAAAAGGGGGCGGCGGCCCCGCAGCCCCCCAGGAUCCCCGCGGCCCCGCGCUGCCCCAGCUCCCGCGCCGCCCUCAGCUCCUGGAUGAGGACGGAGGGCCCAGCGAGGAAGUGGCCGUGGAUGCGGGCAGCUCCCCGGCCCCGGAGGAGCCCCGGGCUGAGUCCCAGGCCGAGGCCUCGACGGCGGCCCCUCCCGAGGCCGAGGCCACGGGCGAGGCCAGACUGGGGCCCAAGGUGGCCGUCGGAGGGGUGCCCAACAUCGGCUUCGUGGGCGAGCCCCCGCCCUACGCACCGCCGGACCCCAAGGCAGUGCACCUGCUCUACCCGCCCUUCCCGCAGGGGCCCGUCCUCUUCCAGCCUGGCCCCUCGCCCCAGGCCCUGUACCCGCCGCCACCGGCCGCGCCCCUGUACCCCGCGCCCACCACGCCACCGCUCUUUGCAUCGUUCCCGGUGUACAACAGCCCCGUGGCCAGCAUGCCCGCCCCGCCCCUGGUGGAGCACAGGCCCCUGCCCAAGGACUACAUGAUGGAGUCCGUGCUCGUGACCCUCUUCUGCUGCCUCCUCACGGGGCUCAUCGCUAUCGUCUAUUCCCACGAGACGCGUGCAGCCCUGAGCAGGGGGGACCUGGCCCAGGCCGAGGAGGCUUCCCGCAAGGCCCGCUCGCUCGUGCUCUUCAGCCUGCUCUUUGGGGUCUUUGUGUCCACCAGCUGGGUCAUCUACGUGGUCGUGGCCCUGUACCUCCCCUGAGGGCCGCAGGCUCCUUUCAGAUGCCUGGAUGCACAAGGACACCCAGCCUGGCCAGACGCUUCCUGUGGACUUUGAUCCCUGCCGGUGGCCAUCUGUUGCCUCCAGAGGGGCCCCAGGGCCAGAAGAAGGUGGGGUCUGCAGCCCUUGGCACAUCUGUGGCUGGGCCUCAGCUCCUAUGGGUGGCCUCAGGCAGCGGCCUACACCGGAGUGGCUCCAGGGCCCAGGCCCAGCGGUGGGACGGGGCCCACUGGAGCUCCGCAUCCUGUGCUUCCUCCCGAGGUCUUUCUGGGACUGGGCUGGCUGGGCCCCCAUGGCCCUUGCCUUCACCUUACACCCUACACCCGGCAGACCACCCAAGGGACCGGGGCUCUCGUCCUCAGAGCCAUCUGGAAGGACGUUGCAAACUCCGGCCUCCUCCCACCUCCAGCCCAGCCUGGUGUCCGUGGGGCAAAGCUGCUGGUGUGUCCUUUUCCCUGUCGGGGAGCUGAGUGUGGUGUCGUCCCUCUCCUCAUCGCUCCUGGCUGAUUGUCCUGAGCCCUGGCCCCUUCCUAGGAGACAGGCUCUCUCAUGUCGACUCCAUGUCCAGAAACCAAGGCCACUGUGUCUGGUCAAUAAACAACAAGCUGCCCCCGGGCGGGUGUUGCUA